UCUACCACCACUAUUUCGUUCUUCUUCUUUUGGCAGCCGAGCAGUUCGGACGUAAAGUGUUUCUGACUCGGACUUUAAUCUAAUUUUCAAAUCACAGUUACAAUUACAUAGUGUUUAAUUAUUUAUUGUUUAAAUAUUAAACUAUUUUAACAAAAUGGCCAAUGAGGAAAAUAAGGAUUUCGCCGACGAUAUUGCGGAUCAGGGUUUCCCAGUCCAGCAAAAUGGAGAGGGCGGCGGCGGUGAUGCCACUGAAAAUGGUGGUAGUUCAGAAUCACAGGAAGACAGAAAAUUAUUCGUUGGCGCACUUAGUUGGGAAACCACAGACAAGGAACUCCGCGAAUACUUCAGUAAAUUUGGAGACAUUGAAAGUAUUAAUGUGAAGACUGACCCCAAUACCGGCAGAUCACGAGGUUUUGCCUUCAUUGUCUUCGCGAAAGCAGAAUCUCUCGAUAAGAUCAUGUCAGCUGGCGAUCAUGUCAUUAAUGGAAAGAAAGUUGAUCCCAAAAAGGCAAAAGCCCGACACGGAAAAAUUUUCGUUGGUGGUCUUUCUACAGAACUCUCUGACGAUGACAUCAAAACAUUUUUCGGUCAAUUUGGAAACAUUGUUGAGGUUGAAAUGCCAUUCGACAAGACAAAGAAUCAAAGGAAAGGGUUCUGCUUUAUCACAUUCGACUCUGAGCAAGUCAUCAAUCAAUUGUUGAAGACACCUAAACAAACCAUCAACGGCAAGGAAGUUGAUGUGAAGAAAGCGACACCCAAACCUGAUGGCAUUGGAAUGAUGCGCGGAGGAAUGGUACGAGGUGGACGUGGUGGACCACGAGGUGCCCGAGGUGGACGCGGUGGAUUCCAAGGUGGUUGGCAAGGAGGUUAUGGAACUGGUUUUGGAAGUGGUGGAUACGGAGCUGGUGGCGGCUACAGUACCGGAUACGAUGGCUACUCUGCUGGUGGCUACGAUUACUACGGCGGUGGGUACGGUGGCUAUGGAGGCUAUGACUACACUGGUUACGAUGGUUAUGGCUAUAGCAGUGGUAAUUACGAUGGUGGCUACACGAGCGGGCGUGGUGGUGCACGCGGUAAAGGAGGCUCAGGCUUCGGCGGAAAGCAGAGGGGUGGUGGCAGAGGGAACGCAAGGCACCAACCCUAUUAAAGGAAAUCCCUUAUUACAAGACCGCAAUGCAUUUCGCAUUGUAACCGGUUCCAUGCCCUUCAAUAAACCUCAUAAAUCGUCAAAUCAUCAUUCCAUGAAAAACCAUCGCUCUCAAUCAAAUGUACAACAAGGUAGACCGUCACAGAGCAACUAUCAAGACAUGCAAGAAUUCCAGGAGUAACUUUUUACUUCAUAUUGGCCUAAGAUCGAUUAGCUAGACGGAUCUGUGUAAAUUCAUAUAUUUUUUUUUGUCCCUUUCUUAACUUUUUUUUCUUUUGUACAGAUUGUAAAUGUAAACUUUGCACUGUCAAGUGAAUUUUUUUUGUUUGAAACUCGCUUUCAAAAAUAUUAAUGAAACUUUUAUAUGUUUUUUUGGUUUAAAAUUUAACUUUUCUUUUCAUUCGAGAUUCGUUUAAAUGUCAUCUCAGCUCUCCUGGUUUUGUACAGACAACAAUGGCAAUUUGAAACAAGUCAGCUGGCUGGCGUCUACACGUAUAGCAUUGAUCCUAUUUUAACGAUAAGAUAAUUUUAAUUUUGUCUAUACAUCUAACUUAAGAAACUACGAUACGAUAGCGAAGUAAGUAAGGCAAUGUACUUUUACAUGAAAAUUAAGUCAAUGCAAAGUCACAGUUGCCCACAUGUUAAUAAGAACUACGCGAUCUUAUCUAGCUCGAAAAAGAGAUUAUUGCUUUCAUAUGAAUAAGAAUAGGAUUAAACUCCUUUAGUGUAUAUAAAUAACCCUUACGAUUUCUCGAAAUAAUAUUGGCCUUUAAUAAUUAAAAGAAAAAAUUAAAAAAAAAAGAAAAACUCGGUGUUUAGUAUUUUGUUAUUGUUUCCGUCGAAAUUUAACAGAAGUGAGUUAAGGCCUUCAACACUGUUUUAAUUUGAAAAUGUCGAUACUUUAAUUCUGAUUUGAAAAAAGUUGUUUCAACUUGUCUUCCAGUUAGAAAUUUUAUUAAUGAAAAUUUGAAGAAAAAUUGUUAAAACAUUUUCGGGUCUUAACGGUUCUUUUUCUUUUUUUUUUUUUUGUUAGAUUGACACUGAUUAAUUGUAACGCCUUUUUCGUAUUAUGCGCAAACUCGGAAAGACUGUUUUUUAUUUUAUGGCUAAACAUGAAAUUUAGACAGUGGAAUGUCUAACUUGAUUCGAGCCUUAGGAAUUUGUAAAUUGUAAAAUGCAUCGGGUGAAAAUGUCACUGGCAACUAUUUAAAUACAUAAAGUGAUGCAUUGUAAA